CAGUUGGAGAAGCCUGGGACUCAGAGGACCCCUGGUUCUCUUGUAACUCUGAUGUGAUUUCAUACUUGAAGUAAGUGAGUAUCCACUAUCUAGCUUGGGACUAUUACAAAUCUCUGUCAGGGAAUAUACGAGUGAGUCAUCAAUUAGUAAGACUUCCCACUGACAGUCAGAGUUGGCAGUUCUACUGUAUGUAAGAGCCAUUUCACCAGGAACUGCAUGCAGUGUCAGACUUGGAUUGCAAAGCUAGAAAGCCCCUUCAUAGAUGUCGUCUUUGCUGCUGUCAACCUUUCUUUGCUGCAAUUGUGCUUUUGUUUUUCCUGCCUGCUAAGUGGAUUAAAAGUCUAUUUGGGUAACGAUGGCAUCUGGAGAUGACAGCCCUGUCUUUGAAGAUGAUGAAAGUCCUCCUUGUAGCCUGGAAAAAAUGACAGACCUUGUAGCUGUCUGGGAUGUUGCCUUGAGUGAUGGAGUCCAUAAGAUUGAGUUUGAACAUGGGACCACAUCAGGCAAGCGUGUGGUGUAUAUAGACGGGAAGGAGGAGAUAAGAAAAGAAUGGAUGUUCAAGUUAGUGGGCAAAGAAACCUUUUGUGUUGGAGCUGCAAAGACCAAAGCAACCAUAAAAAUCGAUGCUGUGAGUGGUUUUGCUUAUGAAUAUACUCUGGAAAUCAAUGGGAAAAGCCUCAAGAAGUAUAUGGAGAACAGGUCAAAAACCACUAAUACGUGGGUAUUGCACUUGGAUGGUGAAGACAUUCGUGUUGUACUGGAGAAGGACACAAUGGACGUCUGGUGCAAUGGCAAAAAAAUGGAGACAGCAGGCGAGUUUGUAGACGACGGCACUGAAACCCACUUCAGCAUUGGCGCCCACGACUGUUACAUAAAGGCCGUCAGCAGUGGCAAGAGGAAAGAGGGCAUCAUUCACACGCUCAUCGUGGACAAUAGAGAGAUCCCCGAGGUUUCUGAGUGACCUCGCAUCUGAAGAUGUCCGGAUCAGGACUGUGAAAAAUGACUGCUAAGGGGAGGUGUCCACUUAGUCUUGCCAUGAUUCUAUUUUGUUACUGGAAACUAAUGUUCCAAGAGUCAGGGCUGUGAACAACCUCCAAACCUGCAAAUUCAUUCUGUCAGUAGUGUAAACUGUUUUAGAGUGAAAUGGAAGCUCAGGUGAGCCCAAAACCAUUCCUGUUUUACAAGAGGAACUUUUGCUAUCAUAAAUGUUUAAUAAAAUUGGUGCUGCUUUUGUUUCCAAAAAAUGAAUCUCCAUCUAUUUUUCACCUGUACAGAUAAGUUGUUGCCCAAGUUUAAAGCAGUUGGCACAUACAGAUGUUUUAACUAAAGAAAUAUUUUCUAUCUGGAAACUUAACUAUUAAGGUAUUAUCAAAUAGUGUCACAUAAGAACUUAAUUAAAAAUGCUUUCCUAAAAAUGUA